UCCGCCAUUUUGUCUUCUGGCCGUGAGGUGAGGCGCCCGACCGGAGCGGCCGUCGCUCGGCGCGGGCGGGGGAAAAGGCGACCGCCGAGCGUCGUCGUCGUCGAGCGGGCGCCUCAGCGGGGAGGCCGCCGGCGGCGCAGGAGGAUGCCCCGGGCCCGGGGGGGCGGGCGAGGCGCCUCCCCGGCUCUGUGAGCGCCGCCAUGUCGUCGGCCCGGUUCGACUCGUCGGACCGCGGGGCCUGGUACCUGGGGCCGGUGUCGCGCCAGGAGGCCCAGAGCCGGCUGCAGGGUCAGCGCCACGGCGUCUUCCUCGUGCGGGACUCGUCCACCUGCCCCGGCGACUACGUGCUGUCCGUGUCCGAGAACUCGCGGGUCUCCCACUACAUCAUCAACUCGCUGCCCAACCGCCGCUUCAAGAUCGGCGACCAGGAGUUCGACCACCUGCCCGCCCUGCUGGACUUCUACAAGAUCCACUACCUGGACACCACCACCCUCAUCGAGCCGGCGCCCAGAUAUGCGACCCCGCCCAUAGGCUCCUCCCCAGCACCCAGCCUGCCAGCUGGGGAAGACAGUCUGGAAUACGUACGGACUCUUUAUGACUUCCCCGGGAACGACGCCGAAGACCUCCCGUUCAAGAAGGGAGAGUUCCUCGUCAUCAUAGAGAAGCCGGAAGAGCAGUGGUGGAGCGCCCGCAACAAGGACGGCCGCGUCGGGAUGAUCCCCGUUCCCUACGUGGAGAAGCUGAUGAAGCCGGGGAAGCACGGAAACAGGAAUUCCAACAGCUACGGGAUCCCGGAGCCGGCACACGCCUACGCCCAGCCUCAGGCCACGACUCCUCUGCCCUCAGGGCCUGGCGCUCCUGGAGCCGUCAUCACCCCUUUGCCAUCCACCCAGAACGGACCUGUCUAUGCCAAAGCAAUUCAGAAAAGAGUACCGUGUGCUUACGACAAGACGGCCUUAGCCCUAGAGGUCGGCGACAUCGUGAAAGUGACGAGGAUGAACAUCAACGGCCAGUGGGAAGGAGAGGUGAACGGCCGGAAAGGGCUGUUCCCCUUCACCCACGUCAAAAUCAUCGACCCCCAGAACCCCGACGAGACCGAGUGACGAUCCCCGCGACCCCGCGCACACCGCCACAGCCGCCGCCGCUCUUCCCGCUUUAUUUUUUCUGGCUCUCUUUUUAGCAACCUCGGAGACGGCGUAACCGCCUCUCUUCCCGGCAAGUUCCCGGCGUAGCCCGCCGACCAGUGCUCUCUGCCUCCUGGCAGCCCUCGUGUGCCCACCCAGACUACCCAAGCCCAGCCAGUUCCUGAGGCGCAGAUCCCAUUUGCCGGAUGGGUUAAUCCAGAAGGGAACCGCCGCUUCGCCCGUAAAGGAUCCUAAGCUGGAAAAUACUGGGGAAAGCACGCAAGUGGAAAGGAGGUGGAGGGGAAAGAAGAUUUUUGAGCUCGGAUACUGUCUGGCCAGCUCUGUCACGUUGGGUCAGAAAGAACUGAAACUUUGGGAAUUUGACAGCCAAACCUUAUGUCUGCCCUAUCUGGGCAUCUUGUUUUGCCUUUUGGUUAGGAGAGAGAGAGAGAGAGAGAGAUUGAAGAAAGGGGAGAAUCAUGUCCUAGAGAAAUGGAAUCGGAAUAAUCGGGGUAUUUGGAAGAUUUCAAGCUUCUGGUAUUGGAAAAAAUGGAUCCGAAACAAGUUGGGCUUUGGAUGACAAAGCCCUGUGCUUGCCUCCCGGCUCCGACGGGUGAAGCGGGUGUGAAUCACGAGUAGCAGAACUGUGACCUUUAUUUAUGUGACGGCUUAGUCCUCGUAAAUGGUAGCCUCUGUUGCCCUACUCGCUAUCUAGUAAAGUCCAGGUGACUAUUGAAUGGAGGCCUCUGACCGGCCAUUUUAGAAAACUUGUCCGGCUUUGGUAGCUGGAAGGGAGGGAGCUUUUAAAACACCUCGAAUCCGACGGCUUCGGGGACCGGGCUUAGGGAAGCUCGGCUGCUGCUUCUCCGGUACCCGUCAAGCCCGGGGCGGGGAGGGCGGUGGAAACACAUUUCUAAGUGAGAUUUAAAAAUUAUUGUUCCUAGAAGCCUCGUGUCGAAUUAAAGUUAUUUUAAUAAGCGAGCAGUCUUUUUUUUCCCCACCCCGGCCCCUUCUUCCCCGUCCGUAGGGUUAACAGUUGAUCAGACUCCAGCAAACAGAGUUAGGCACAGUGUCCGCGCAGGUAGUUUAGGUCUCAGUGGUACCAUCGACCAAACGGCAGAACCCUCCCCAAGGGAGAAGCCGACGGGUGGUCGACCCGAUCCCGUAAACAUUUGCCAUUUUGAUCGUAUGUGUUUGGUUCCGUUUUCGACUCGGGAUCCCAAGCUACUUAAAACCUUCUCGUUCGGUCUUGGAGCGGAACGUUCCGGCUGCUGCCGACGGCGGGAGCCGCUCCGGCGGCCAAACCGGUUUUCCGGACUAAUUUAACUGUGAAGUGGCACGGCGUGGGUGAGAGAUGGGCGUCGGGGCGGGGCCCCCGCAGGCAACCUCGGCGGUCGGCCCCGCCACCGAGCCAGAAGAGGCCUCGCCCCCGCCCAGAGGCGCCCAGACGUACGUCGAGCCGCACGACCCCGGCCGUACUACUGAGAUAUAACACGUAGAAACACCGCAACCGCACUAAGCUCAUCGCUCCAAGGAGGCCGAGCUAACCGGCGGCGCGAUCCGAAGAGCCCGCGAUUAGACGGUUCCGUCUCUCUUCGAAAGAACUACUGUAGCACCGUGAAUUUACUAACACGCUUCACCGACCCCUUCCCUCCAGCUGUUAAAAAAAAAAAAAAAAAAAAAAGCAGUCGCGACCUCUCCGUCGAUCCAGGCAAUCGUCGGCCCUGCCCUGGCUCGGUCGAAGAGCGUGCCGCUUCACGGCGACCCAAGUCUUUUGGGUCUCUCCUCCGUCCUGCCGCCCCCCGAGUUUCGUGGGGAUCGCGGCUGACCAAGGCCUCCGCGGAUCUGGUCGCGCAGGGUGGGCCGCAGGCGAGACGAGAGACCGCCCCGCGGCCCGAAAACUCUGCGCCGGCCAAAUCGGCCGGACACCCAGUGGGUGACCGAGGCGAGGGGAGCCUAAAGUCAGUCGGAGGGCGGCGUGAAACCGGGCCGCUUAGAGACCGGGGAUAGGGUGGGAAGCCGGGGGUUCUCUCAGGAAUCUAUGCAAAAAUCUCGAGUGCUCUCAAGGCGAUCGCAAGAGUACGGGAUGGAGGUAGAUGGGAUGAGAGGAAGCCUGGGAGAUUUAAAAUUCCUUAGACAAUGAAAGGAUGCAUCGAGUAAGCUCCAAUCAGUGACCUCUCCCCCUCUCUAGCGCAGUACCUGGCUAUUGCUGUCCUCUUCCGGCAGGGGCCAGGGAGAGGGUCUUGGUCUUCAUCCAGAAAUGGAUUUUAAGACGCGUAGCACCCCGAGUAGAUGCUCAAGCAGAAGGGUAAAUCGGAAAAGACCGCCGAGAUGGCUUUAAGAAAAAAAGGCGAUGCUAAUCUGACAGAGUUUGAAGAGUUCGAAGCAUUUUCCCUUUGAAGUUGUUCGUUCUUGCUGCUUGCUUCCACCCGUGCCACGUCGAUGUUGCUUAAAAGCCUCUUCGGGCAUCUUGCGUUUUGGCUUCACUGUCACCGGGGACUUGUGUCGGGGGUGUGGGGGGGAAGGGUGGGGGGGACGGUGAAAACGCUCAAUCUGAGGCACGAAAGUUUAUUUAUCAUGGACGAUUAUAGUCAAUCAGUGCACUGUUAAGGGGGUGUUUUGUUCCACACUUGGUUGAAAAUGUCAUUGCUGGGUUUUUAGGCUAGUAGCCGGUGCUUUAAUUGUCUCCUGACCAGGAGGCGAGGUUUCUUGCUGAGGGGGGAUGGGGGGGUGGGGAGGGAGGGGAUAGACUCCUUCCAUUGUCUAUUAUUUUGAAGACUUUGAGGCCCCAGAGGUCAUCGGAGUUUAAAAAAAAAAAAAGUUCCUCUAAUCAGUGCUCGUAUCUCACUGGAGCCACGCUAAUGUUUAAUUUCCAAUUGUUUACAAGGCAGGAGGACCUAAACAGACAAGGGAAUGAGUCUUGGGUCAUUUGAUCAGAGGAACCGGGACUUUUUAUUUUUGUAAAGAGGCGAGAUGCAGUUUCGUGCUAUGUCAUGUGCCUGUAACGUAAUGUUUGGUUUGCGUUCUUUGUUUUUUGUUUUUUUGUUUUUAAAAGCGUCAACCGAAGGGAUACCCUGGGAAUGAGUUGGCUCGUCUGGUUUCGGACGACACGGUUUUCGAAGCUCAGCCCUCUCCGUGGCAGGUGGCGGGCCUGCCUGGAUCCCGGCAGCCUGUAGGCGCCGGGGUGGGGGUCGGCGACCGGCCAGGGGCCGGUGUUGUCUUUGUGUGUUUGGCUGUCUCCUUUUAAGCUUGUGUCCCAGAAUGGUUAAAAAAAAAGCCUGGGCAGGCGGGGGAGGGUGGCUUGGCUCUCGAGACGGUCUUCGGUGUAUCUUCAUAAAACAGUUCCCAACAGCAACUCUCACGUGUAACUUUAGAGACCGUGAACUUCAGGCAAUAAUAUUUUACAUGUAAGCUUUUAAAAUUAUUUUUGGGGGGGAUCAUAGCUUGUUUUAUUUUUUGUGCUAUGAAAUUAACAGUAUUAAAUGACUUAUAUUCUUAGAAUACAUUCAGUGUCUUUCUUACAGAUUAAUGCCUUUUUAUUUUCAUACUCCAUUUUACUCCGUAUUACCGGUCCCAGCCUCGAAGCCAGUGUUUUCAGUGGCCUGUUUGUACACGGUCUAAAUAAAACUUGCAUCAACGUGCAGCA